UUAAAACAACUUGCAGAUAAAUCUAGAAAAACUGUAAAUUCCAUUAUAAAAAAUGAUCUUCCCCCUAUAGAAAGGAACUUGGAACAAAUUGAGAAACAAUCGCGUAAACUUGCCGAUAAAGUUAUUAGACUUGGUGAAAAUACAGAAAGAAAAACUCCUUUUUUUUUGGCUAAUAUUGGAAUUGAUGGUGAUAAAUUGUCACAGGAUUUAAAUAGCAUCAAUAUAUUUAAUACUUUUGAACCAAGAAUUGUUUUAUCAGACACCGAUGUUGAAAAGUAUCUUGACCAUAAUCAUCAAAAGGCAUUUACUGAGACUAUUAAAGAUGGUCAUACACAGACAAUAAACGAAUGUAAUUCACUUUAUGACAAAUUUCUUAUUAAAGAUUGGGCAAAUACAAAAAAGCAAGCAUUCGGAGAACUUGGACAAUUCAAUGUCAGCAGUUCGAGUUCAAGUCAAAUACAACGAUCAUAUAUUCCUAUAACAGGUCAUCAUUCUUCCAUCAAAUCAACAAUAAAUUUAAAUCAACGUCACAUGGUUUAUUUCGAUAUUGUGGUAAAAUUGAAUGAUUCUAGACUAUUUGAUCGUGAUUAUGGUGUUAUUUCUGAAUUUUUCUUGGCAUCAAAAAAAAUUUCAAUGGAUUAUAGUAAGAAACUUAUUGAUUGUUGGCAAGCACUUAAACACAUUGUUGGAGAACAUAAUGUUAUUGAAGGAACAUUUAGACGAAACGCUUUGAAGCAACGGUGUUUCGCUCAAGUAUAUGAAACACCACUUCAAAAUCCUUUAUAUAAAGAAUUAUGCAAAUCUUUUAUAAAUGGUGCCAAAAAAUAUUUGGAAGAAAUAUAUUGUACUUGGUCAAGGGAUAUGAUAGAUUCUUUUAGAAAUGAAGCAAUGAUGGGGGGUCAACCAUCAGCUAUUAACAUGGCACUUGGACUUUUGCGUGUUAUUCAUAGACUAAACGGAGGUAUCUCAACUCAGAAUCUAGAGAUAGUAGAAAAUAAUAUCCCUAUAUGGGGCUUGUUAUAUGUUCUUAUGAGACAAGGUCAUUACGAUCAUGCAUUGGAAGCAAUAGAAAAGUAUGCAAGAUACUUUUUAGUGGAAGAUUCACUGUUGUUGACAAAUUUCAAACGUAGUAGCACAAUUAGAAGAAUUGCCUCAAAAACCACCAAUCUACAUAGUUUCUCCUUCAACAGAAGAUCAUUUGUGUUAUGUUGCAUUCGAGAAAUCGAAUCAAUUCAGGAUGGAUCGAGUGAUACUGUGACAUUAAGUGGUUUUCAAAAAGAAAUUUCGACCUUUGGACCUAAUUACUUUACUUCAAAUGGAAAAGAUCCUAUACAAUACUUUCGUGCUUUAUUACUUUCUCUUCAAUUUGAAAGGGCAAUAGAUUAUUUAUUGCUAACAGAUUAUAAAGAGGACGCUGUACAUUUUGCUAUCACUCUUGCGUAUUAUGGAUUAUUAAGAGCACCGGAAGAUGGAGAAUCUUUAGCACUAUUUUUUGAAAAAAAAGAAAAUGAUAGUAACCAAGUAGUUGCUAAAUUUAAUUUCAACAAACUUAUUGUAGAGUAUGUUCAAAUGUUGAUCAGUGAUCAUGAUAAUAUUGCGACUCAUUCAUUUCACUAUCUUCUUUUACUGUAUCUGUAUGGUAAUCAUCGUGAUGAUUUUGGAAGAUACAAAAUAGAAAUAAAUCAUGAUCACAUGAGACAUCUAGUGCUUGAAACAAAUGCAGUUGGUGAACUUAUUGGUGAUGCUCAACAAACUGAAGGCCUUAUGAGGAAAUACAUGAAAUUAAUGUUUAUAAACAAUGAAAAAGAAUUCAAAGAAAAAAUCAUAAAUAUGCUUGCUAGACAAUUUUUUGAUGAUGGAAAAUUUAAUGCUGCAAGGCGUUUAUAUGAAAUAACCGAGAAUUACGAGGAAUGUGUAGCUUUACUUAAUAAAAUACUUGCAGAAUAUAUAUGGAUUGUCAUGAGUGGAGUGCCGGUGCAACCAGAUACAGAAAUAGAAUUUAAUCCUAAUGAAGUCGCUAGAAUAUCUAAAGAAUAUGAACAACUUCAUUAUACUAAUAAUGUUUCAGCUAACCUUUUGAAUGACAAUAAAACAUUACUCAAACUAGUUGAAUUUGUAGAACUAUAUAAACAACAAGAUUAUGGAAGAGCAGUGUCUUCAAUAAAAAAAAUAGAUCUUUUUCCGUUUGUAGAUGAUAUUAGUAUUAUUAUGGAAAAAGCAAAUGCAAUUAAUGGUAUAGAUGAAUCGCUGAAAAAAUCUAUAACAGAGCUUUUAUAUAUAACUAUGAAGUGCAUUGUACAUCAUCAACAACAUUUAAAAGAUCAAUUGAUACAUGGAACACCAGGGCUAAAAAUAGUUAAUGAUAGAAUUAUAUGA